AAGCACGAAGAUUCUAGCUUGAAUACUCUAACAAACAGAAUACCGGCAAAGUUCUCAAACCAGAUUCAAGUACACCUCAACGCCCAUCCGCUUACCUCCUCGCCUCAUCCAGCCAGUAGCCAGCGGAGGCUGCGGGAAAAUAACUCGGAUGUGGUCUCCUCGACCUUUUUGGAUAACUCGCCAAAAUCAUCAAACCCAGUCGUCCCACACAAAUCCUCUUUGCCUUUCCACUCGCGACAGCCAGCCCCACCUAAUUCCAAUUAUUUGCUCGGCUCCAAGCCGGAUAGUAGGCCGGACCAGACCAGACAUUUGGGCGAGCCAAACAAAAGGUCAGAAUGCAGGGAAACUGUGCUUCGAAGUUGCUCAAUCAAGCGUCAGUUCAAAGGGUUGGAGCGCGACUCAAGCACAUCUUCCACGGAUACGGUCAUAUGGCGUCCAGACUAA